UGCACUAUUUUCUCUCAGAUCCGCCCCCCCCCCCAAUUCCCAUUGUGACAGGGUCCUCUUUCUCGACCACCAACCUGAACCACAGAACAACAAUCUCAACCACCGCACACCACCCACACACACAACUUCACAAGGAUUCCCAAAAGCAAGGCCCAAAAGGUAUCCCUAAGGGUUAUUCAUCUCCCCGGAUUCUCCUUUUGCAUUUUAUAACUUCGCGCAAUUCACUUCCUUCCCUACGAUACAGAGAUAGUAGUGGCUCCAAAGUAAUUAGUUAAUCAUUGUUCAUUAUUCUAUCUACCAUCUCUCCCCAGAAUUACAUAUCGGCGAGGUUGAAGGCAGGACGGGGCAAAAAACACGGCUCUUACCUGACAUCUUUUAUCAUUAAUUUGCCUUGCAGGCGGCCUUUUUUCAGACGGCAUUGAUCGUCGCACUUUCAUUACAGGUACUCAUCUACCGAUCAAACUUCCCUAUAGUUAUCUGCACAAAUUACCUCGACUUGUCGUGAUAUUGUUGUUUUCGAAUUUCGAAAUCUCGACACCAUUCGCGGUUCAGAAAGAGUACCCACUUUAGUGUGAUUAUCGUGCGCGAUCGGGGUUUAGUUUGUUCAUUACUCGCGACGACACUGUAUUCAACACCCCACGACAACAGCAUAGAUUCGAGGAGACAAUUGAAGGAGUCUAUUUGGCCGUGGAGUGAAUCAAGCAGAGGAUCGUGGCAGACAUAGUUCUAUUGAACAACGGCGGAGGUGGAAAUCGUGGCUCGAGGCGCAUGUUACUUGCUUAAUCGAUAUUGUUCGAUAUCCACAUUCAGUGGAUAAUCGACCUAAACAAGAUGAUGACGAGUUUGCAACAACAACACUCACCAUAUCCAGGACUACAACAUCAGGGUGUUCCUCAAGGCCAUAUGGCGGGAAUGCCUCAUGCUCAGGGUCAGCAAGGACAACCAGGUCCAGGUAUGCCUCAACAAAUGCACAUGGGGGUUUCUGGACCAGGUGGUCCUCAAGUCACUCAAGCCGGUGCUAUGAUGGCUGGUAUGCCACCUGGUGCUGGACCAAAUGCACAUGCUUUACAACAUUUGACCCCAAAUCAACAAGCGCAAGCGGCAAUGUUCCAACAGCAGCAACAACAACAGAUGAUGAACGCGAAUCCGCAGUUAAUGCAUCAUCAAAUGUUACAACAGCAAGCAGCCAGGCAGCGACAGAUCCAACUACAACAGCAAUAUAGUGGCGGUGGAAUGCCAAAUGGAAUGCCUGUGAAUAUGCAUGGGAUGAACCCUAAUCAAAUGAAUGCUCAAUUCGCAAUGCGACAUGGUACCCCCGGAAUGGCUCGCCCGGUAAAUCUACCACAGCAUCUUGCCCAGCAACAACAGAUGGCUCAAGACAACGUUAAUCAACAACAAGCACAUCAGCAGACUCAACAAAUGAUGCUCGCAAUGCAUCAACAAAAUGCCCAAAACCAUGGACCGAAUGGCCAAGCAGGACAUCCCCAGAUGACUGCCCAGCAAAUGCAACAACUCCAACAACAACACCUUGCGCAACAACAACAACAACAACAACAGCAACAACAGCAACAGCAACAACAGCAACAGCAGCAACAACAACAGCAACAGCAGCACCAACAACAACAGCAACAACAAGCUCAUGCUCAGGCUCAAGCGGUUCAAGCCCAACAAGCUCAGGCACAAGCCCAAGCGCAGGCUCAGGCGGCCGCUGCUGUAUCUCAACAACAGAAUCAAAACCAAUCCCAGGUUCAAAAUCAGCCACCUCAAUCGGCCUCAACACCUCAGCCUCAAGCACCACCGCCAGCCGCUAUCCAAGCAGCCAUUCAGGCUCAGGCUCAACAAGCCCAAGCCCAGCAAGCUCAAGCUCAGCAAGCCCAGGCCCAGCAACCAACGGGGGCUCUUCAGCAGCAGCAACAACAGCAACAGCACGCUGCCGCAAUGCUACAACAACAACAACAGCAGCAGCAGCAGACUAGACAAGGAGAGAAAUCAAAGGGACAAUGCCUAAUGCGAUUGGUACAGUUCAGUGACCAUCUCGGUGGGUUUUGUAAGGUUGCUAAGCCGGUAAGCUUUUAUGAGGCGGCUAGCGUUUCUCGACUGAAUGCCGAGUCCAUGAAAGAAAAGGAAGACUUGGCGUAUUGGGGAAGCUUUGCGGAGAGAUUUUUCUCGCGAGGGGGUGUUCUACGCUAUUCGACAUAUUCGUAUAAUCCCCAAGACAAUGUCCGUGAGAAACAGUACGAGAUAACAUCACCUGCGAUGCCGAGAUACUUUCAUACCCAUUUCGAAAGUGGUGUUACAAACAUGCAGAUGAUUUUUGAGAAAGGGACUGAAAAGGAAUUGCCGCUAAACGGUCAUUACAUUGAAAGUCAAAACUCAAGUUUUGUCUACUGGUUUGAGGAUGGCUCUCACCUGGUCUCAAAUGGCAUACUUCGCGCUCAUUUUGAUGGGGAUCAAAAGCUCGAGCUACUUGAUUUUGAGACUCGUAGUCAUCAGGAGUAUGUUCCCCGUAGCAUGGCUAUAGACAGAGCAAGGCCAAUCCACAAUUGGGUAAAGGAUUGGAAAUCCAUGAACAAUGGGCCUGAUGGCAAACCAUCGCCCGAAAUGAACAAAAAGAAACAAAAGAUGAUGAAAUCACCACCGAAUCCUCCUCCUGAUUUCGACCUACCGGACACGAAAUUGACUCAAUACACAGGAAUCACACCUAUGGUGUUUCGAUUUCUUGAGAUGAAUGAGGUUUUGGCUCAAAUGAAUCCUUUAAUGAGCUAUCUGCAAACAAACCCAACACUUACUCCACACAAAGCCCUAGAGGCAUACAUGGCACAAGUGAAUAGCAAUGGAGCAAACGGUGGUCCUCAAAACCCCUCGGGCCCACGAACACCGGCAAUGGUUAAUUUCCCGAUUGGCGCUUCUCCCGCAGCUGCACACUUACAAAUACCGGAAGGAUCACCUCAUAUGAUGGGUAGUCCAGCUCAAGCUCCAGGCAUGCAGCUCCAACAGAGUCAGCAUGGAACCACGUCAAGUGGCCCAAGCGCAAACACAAGUCCCAAUGCGAGUAACAAACGAAGAAGACCAAGUACAGUCAAGGCCGAAGAAGAUGGACAAGCCAAUGGGACAGGCAAAAACAACGUCAAACCUAGUCCACGCAUAACGAAGAGACAAAAAGGAAAUCCCGCUUGAAAUUUUGACAUCACCCAACGAAGCAUACUGUAUUCUUAUCAAGCCAAAUCAACCUCUGAAUAUUCUUAAAAGGAGAGUGGUCACCACGAGUUCCGCGAAUUCUCACCGAGACUUUAGUCCUAUCCGACAACAUAAAUCAACCAUCCAAACUACAUUCUGGCUUUUCAGUCUGCCAUAUUAUUUAUUAUUUAUUUUCAUGCCUUUUCACAAGUGGGGAAAUGCAACAAGUCUAUAUUAACAAGUGUUGGCGUACAGAACAGUUUCUACAUAACUCUUUUACAUACGUACUUGUGUUGUCGAAUCUCUUUUACACUUGGUUUUACUAAAGGGAGAAUGGCGAAAUUUUGAUUCUUUGGGACGGGGUAUUGAGCUACGGAAGGGGAAGGGGAAUGGAAUGGGAUUGUCAUUAGUUUUGGUGGUAAUAUUCCUUGUAUACUAUUCACAUUUUAAGUGUGAGGGUUGGGUGUUUUUCUAUGCAGGAGGCGGCGGGAAACGUCGUGGUGCAAUUUUUAUUUUAUUUUGCUGUGCUAUACCCGUGGCUUGGGGUUUUGGGUGUAGUGGAAGGAUAUGGAUACUUAAGCAGGCAGUUGGAAGCGAAGUGAAAAUGUUUAAGGGGGGAGCUGGGAGAGCGAUCCGGAAAACGGAACCUGAACUAGGUGGAUUGUGGAUGGAGAAAGGGGUGGAGCCAGGGAAGAGACUCGGGGUGAUUGAACGGAAGUGAAGUUCAAAUGGUAUAAAAUGGCGUAGAAGUCGGACAAGAUACUAGUGUGCAAUGACAGACUCGGAAGGAGUAUAGUAUAGUGUGAUGAUAAAACACUAGAAAGAUGAAUGAACAAGUAAUUAAAACAAGUACUUUGAAGCUAACACGAAACGACUUAUGUUUAAUAUCUGGAGGGAGGGCACUCAUUGAAAUUGGUCAUGAAAGCCACUAGCCUGAGUGUGAGGUCUAUAAACAAUGUGUAUUUCGCAU